AUGGUAAAGGAAAAAUUGGCGAAAAAAAGGCAAAAGGGAAUAAUCUAUGAUAAAAUAUUGGAAGACAUAGGUUUACAACUCCAGAAAUUUCAUGCCAGAAAACUUGCAAAUUCUAUUUUAAAGCUAGUUGAUGAUAAAGUUCAAGAUAGUUUCGCCGGGCAGGAAUCGCAUCACAUAAUGCAAAAGGACUUGCCUUCGACUCCUGAACUUUCCACCGACCUCCCUGCCAAAACUCCAUUACCGAUUUUCCCAGCUCAGAAACAUCUGCCUCCUCUAAGUACCGGCAAACUAUACUAA